AUGCUGGGGCUCAUCGCGCUGUCGCUCCUGGCGCUGGCCUGCUCCUACUGGAAGCUGUCCGGCAGCCUCCUGGCCGCCGCGGGGGAGCCGGACGACGACGACGACGACCUGGAACGCCAGGCCGGCGGCGCGGGCGCGGGGGGCCGGCGGCCCGGCGACGGGAAGGCCGCGGCGGCUGGUAAGGCGGCCGCCGGGGAGCAUUGGCGGGAGCACGUGGUGGUCAUCAUGGCCGGCGACGAGAGGCCGACGUUCCUCGCCACGCCGGCGUCCGGCCGGGGCGCCCCGGACGACGCCCGUGGCGUGGCCGUCGUCAGCGUGGGCUGCGGUGGCGGCUCCGGCUCCGGCUCCGAGGACGGCGAGGAAGGGAGGUGCGUGGAGUGCGGCGCGAGAUCUUGGCCGGCUCGCGCGGCCGACGACGACGGCGAGCUGAGUCGGAGCGAGGAGAGUGGUGGUACUGUUAGUGGUAGUUCUGUAAUCGGUGAGAGAUGA